CGCUUCUUUCUGCCCACUCUACUUCCUCCCCUCGUACCCACCACUGAUUCUGUUCUGUUUCCAGUCUCCACUCCAAUGGCGUCCUUUGCUUAACCCUCUCUGGGAUUUACUUCAAAUGGAUCUGCUGAAUCAGAAUGGCGAUGUUAUGGGCGUGCCCGCUUCUGAGACCAAAGGAGCAGAACAUCGCGAAGACGGGUUCGAUUCGGGUCCGGGAAUUAGAACCCCCGGCGACCCGAACUCAGAUGAGGAGAGGAAGAAGACGGGGAUUUCUAGGGCGGAGAUCGACACUUCAUCUCCGUUCGGGUCCGUUAGAGAGGCUGCCACUCGGUUCGGCGGCAUCGGUUUCUGGAGGCCCGCCGCCGCCCACCACGGCAGUGACUCCCAGGUCACGAAUGACAUGGCGAAAAUGGAGAUGGAAGCUGCCGAGUUAGAGAGAGAUUUUGUUGCUAAGGAAAGGGAGACCCAUGCCAUCUUAGAAGAACUAGAAAGCACCAUGACCACCAAAGAGCAGCUAAAAGCGAAGCUGCAGCACGAGGAAGAUGAAGAUCGCACUGUAGUACGUGAGGCUGGGAAAAAGUCAAAUGGCUUGACAAUGUGCCCGUCAUCAGCUCCCGGGCUCAUCUUAAUGGAGUUGAAGCAAGCCAAACUAAACCUAGGCAGGACAACACAUGACCUUGUGGACAUUCGAGCCGCGGUUGAAUCCUACAAGGAGAGAAUAGAAAAGGAGAGGAUCUUGGUUGAGAAAACCAAGAAAAGGGUAGUUUCAAAUUCCAUGAAAGCCUCCGCUCUGGAGCAAGAGUUGAAUCGAUAUGGCAAGGAGAAUGAUGCCUUCAAAGUCACAUGGUGGGAUCUCCAGAAGCUGAGUUCUGAGACUGAACAGCUUAAAAAGGCGCGAGAUGCUGCAAAAUCGGAGGCUCUAAGGGCUGUGUGUGGGAUUGAACAGAUAAAGGCCAAGAUCAAGACUGUGGAAAGCAGAUUGGUUGCUGCUAGAAAGAUCAAAGAAGCUGCUAGAGCCACUGAGGCAGCUGCUCUCGCCGAUAUCAAUGCCCUAAACAAAAGUGAGAGGAACCCAGAAGAAGGGAUAGUAACCCUUACCUUGGAGGAAUACUCUGUGUUGGCAUCAAGAGCGCGAGAAGCAGAGGAAACAUGUAAGAGGAGAGUUGUUGGGGCAGAACUUUUAGUUGACGAGGCCACCAAUGUGUUGAAAACAGAAAUUUUAAAUAAGGUUGAGAAAGCCACAAAUGAAAUGAAAUUGCGAAAGGAAGCCCUAGAAAAGGCACUCAGCAGACUCGAAUCUGCCAACCGUGAUAAGCUGGAAAUGGAGGAAGCUAUGCGUAGAUGGAGAUCUGGUCACGGUCAAAGAAAAUCCUCUGUGCAAAACUCAACAAAGUUCAAGAACUCCACUCUUGUCAAUGAAGACGACUCACCUUUUAAGGCUUUCAAGUCAACCUUAUCAAUUGGGCAAAUCUUGAGCCGAAAACUGCUUUCCAAUGAAGACUAUGAGAAUCAAAUGUGCACGGCGAAGAAGAGCAAUGGGAAGCAGAGAGCAUCACUUUCCCAUCUGCUCUGCAAGUCGAGCAGUGUGUUCAGUUUGGGAGAGGAGAAAGAGAAUGCUCGUAAACUCGGUACACCAAGGAGAAAGAAGAAGAAGAAGUUCGGCCUCUUUAGAAUCUCACUUGUGAGGAAACAAGGCAAGAAUGUGACUUCUAACUAAGCUCAAUGCUUCUUACUUUCAUGUGUAGUGCUCGGGAGGCAUUUGUGGCGGUUUCUCUUCUCUUAAAGAUUUUCCUUGCAUUGCGCUUGCUGCAAUAGCACUUCGAAAUGCAAAUUAUCCGAUUUCACCAUCGGAUUUCAUCCCUACUAGUGUCAUUUUUUUUCAAACUUUAGUUUGAGAGACAUGACAUAGAGGAACAUAACCAGCGCUCUCUAAAACCAUGUGGUAUAAAUUAUGAUGGAUUUGGUCCGGAAUGAUUGGCAUCCACCUUCGGAUUGCUUUAGAGCAACUUUGAUGUAUGAAAAGGAUUAUCAGGCUUUUUGGAGAACUGAUUAGUAGCAGGUGGGACCUUCAAUCGCUGCUUGAGAACUCGUCUCUUCCUCUGGAUUUGGACAAUUUGAGGCCAUCUCACGAAUCUGGUCAGGUCCUUCUUCGGCAGCAGUGCCCUAUCGAUGUUGUGAGUAUCAAAUUCAAACUUGUUUAUGUUUUCACCAAACAAGACUUUAGUAUCAUAUAAUGAUUGAAUUGUUUAAGCGGUGGGGUUGGGUGUGGG